AGUUGAGAUUAUGUACAAAUAUCCCACUAGCUACUUCCACAUUUUAAAGACAUACUUCCUCAGCUUCUGUCUCUCCUUCUCUCUCUCGUACACAUACAAGCAUAAAAAAAAUUCAUAACAUUGAACAACAAUAUGGUACAAUCAAAGAAAUUCAGAGGUGUCAGGCAACGACAGUGGGGCACUUGGGUCUCAGAGAUCCGCCACCCUUUGCUGAAAAGAAGGGUUUGGCUUGGGACAUUCGAAACAGCCGAAGAGGCAGCUCGAGCUUAUGACGAGGCAGCCAUUUUGAUGAGCGGACGUAGCGCCAAAACAAACUUCCCAGUGCCCAAAAACCAAACAGGAGAUGAGAAUACUACGACUUGCAAUGCCCUUUCUUCAAUCCUCAGUGAAAAGCUUCGCAAAUGUUGCAAAAUCCCAUCUCCUCCUUCCCUUACCUGUUUAAGGCUUGACACUGAGAAUUCUCACAUCGGGGUGUGGCAAAGGAGAGCAGGGAGUCGAUCAGAUUCAUGCUGGGUAAUGACGGUUGAGCUAGGGAAGAAAAAUGGGGAAGUAACUGAGACUAAUAAAAUGCCGGCUUCAGAUGAACCCAUCACCAACAAAAUGGUGAGACAGGAGGUUACUGAUAAUGGGUUAAACGAGGAAGAAAAGGCAGCAUUGCAGAUGAUAGAAGAGCUUCUCAAUAGGAAUUGAUCCUCAUCAAAAUCGGAUCUUCCAAAUUGCAUAUGUUAAGUGCUUGUGAAUGUGGUUGUGUUUAUUAUGGUGCUUUAUGAAUUUAUAUUUAAUGCG